AUGGCCAGCUUCCUCUCUCGCUCGCCCGAGUCUCUGGUCGCCGUAGCGUUGACUUGCAAGGCGGCUUUCCAGGAGUCCUUCCCGGCCGCGAGGAGCCGUCUUGACCACCAAAGCCGAGAAGCCCUUCUACUUCUCCUAGAAAUGAACCUAGCCCGCGACCUGUUCUUCUGCCACGCCUGCACGAAGCUCCAUGGGUUCAAGCCGUUGCUCAUAUCCCCCGGUCCUUCGGGACAGACUGUGCGGGAGCCCCAAUGCGGACACAGACUCGUCAAGUUCAGACCCGAAAAUCUGUGUAUCGGAUUUCAUCAUGUCCGUCUGGCCAGGAAUGCACGUCUAUUUGGACUCGGGAAUGGACUACUGUUGAGCCAACUCGAAGCUGUCCUCAAGUCAGGGACCGGUUCCACGUCACACCCGGCUGGCUGGAGAGUCAGCUCUUUGGCCAAGAUUGUGCAAGGCGAAUUGUUUCUGAGAGUCGCACAUGAACUUUAUCAACAUGACAAACGACACCGUAUACGUAUGGCUCUCAAGAAGGGAUUCCAACACUACAUCUGUCACCACAUGACCACCCAUCAAUAUCUCGCCCACCCCGCGGAGCGGGGGGCUGAGCUACCGACCAAGCUCACCCUUAUAACCCAGGAUUCAUGUUUUCUCGGGGAUCCUGUUUAUGCGGAGCUUCUGCACAACGAGCCUGGGUCUUGUGAGAUCUGCCUGACGGACUACAUCACUACUGUCAAACUACGCACGCCAGACACCCGCGCAUCCGACGAGGAGAUAUUGCAUGUCACUAUCGUGUCUUACCACCAGAUUGGCGACGGUCAUUCUCCUUUAGAUUGGAAAUGGCAGACAUUUUCUACACCACCUUCAUGCCUGCGUCCACACGACAUCAGGCGCAUCCACCAACGCGACUCUUGUGUGUGGCCAGGCAUAGUCAGGAGGCUGUGGGCCAUGGACGAGCUGGGGCCCACGAUCUCCUUGAGUCCAGACAACCAGAAGUGGAUAGAUUAA